AUGUCGCCGCCGUUGAUUAAGCACCUGUACACGGCGGACCCGUCGGCGCACGUCUUCAACGGGCGGGUGUACAUCUACCCGUCGCACGACCGGGAGACGGACAUUGCCUUCAACGACAAUGGCGACCAGUACGACAUGGCCGACUACCAUGUCUUCAGCACGUCGUCGCUGGACGGGCCGCCCUACGAGGACGUCGUGGACCAUGGCGUCGUGCUGCGCACCGAGGACGUGCCGUGGGUGUCCAAGCAGUUGUGGGCGCCCGACGCGGCCGAGAAGGACGGCAAGUACUACCUGUACUUCCCGGCGCGGGACAAGGAGGGCAUCUUCCGCAUCGGCGUCGCCGUGGGCGACCGGCCCGAGGGCCCCUUCGCCGCGGACCCGGAGCCCAUCGCCGGCAGCUUCAGCAUCGACCCGGCGUCGUUCGUCGACGACGACGGCCAGGCGUACCUGUACUUCGGCGGGCUGUGGGGCGGGCAGCUGCAGUGCUACCAAGACGGGCACGACAAGUUCGACGCCAAGUGGCAGGGCCCGCAGGAGCCGGCGGGCGCGGGCAAGAAGGCGCUGUUCCCCAAGGCGGCGCGGCUCGGGGCCGACAUGCGCAGCUUCGCCGGCGCGGUGCAGGACGUGGUGAUCCUGGCGCCCGAGACGGGGGAGCCGAUCGACGCCGACGACCACGACCGGCGCUUCUUCGAGGCCGCCUGGAUGCACAAGAAGGACGGCACGUACUACUUCAGCUACUCGACCGGCGACACGCACUACCUGGUCUACGCGACCUCGGACAGCCCCCUGGGUCCCUUCACCUACGCGGGCCGCAUCCUGGAGCCCGUGUUGGGUUGGACGACGCAUCAUUCUAUCGUCGAGUUCAAGGGGCGAUGGUGGCUGUUCCACCAUGAUUGUGAACUGAGCGACGGAGUCAGCCAUCUGCGGAAUGUCAAGGUCAAGGAGAUAUUCUAUAACAAGGAGGGCAAGAUCACAACAGAGAAGCCGGAGUAA